AUGUUUCUCAUGGAGCCCCCAGCCUGUAUCUUCCUUUUCACUUGUGUCCUCCAGCUGAGCCACACCUGGUCAGUCAAUAAUUUCCUGAUGACUGGUCCCAAGGCCUAUCUGAUCUACUCUAGCAGUGUGGCCGCUGGUGCUCAGAGUGGUAUUGAAGAAUGCAAAUACCAGUUUGCCUGGGAUCGAUGGAACUGUCCUGAGAGAGCACUCCAGCUGUCCAGUCAUGGCGGGUUACGCAGUGCUAAUCGAGAGACAGCCUUUGUGCAUGCUAUCAGCUCUGCUGGGGUCAUGUACACAUUGACCCGAAACUGCAGCCUUGGAGAUUUUGACAACUGCGGAUGUGAUGACUCCCGAAAUGGGCAGCUAGGAGGCCAGGGCUGGCUAUGGGGUGGCUGUAGUGACAACGUGGGCUUCGGAGAGGCCAUCUCCAAGCAAUUCGUGGAUGCCCUAGAAACUGGGCAGGAUGCACGGGCUGCUAUGAACUUACACAACAAUGAAGCAGGACGCAAGGCGGUGAAGGCCACCAUGAAGCGUACGUGUAAAUGUCACGGCGUGUCGGGCAGCUGUACCACCCAGACGUGCUGGCUGCAGCUGCCCGAGUUCCGCGAAGUGGGCGCGCACCUCAAGGAGAAGUACCACGCGGCGCUUAAGGUGGAGCUGCUGCAGGGUGCGGGCAACAGCGCGGCGGGCCGCGGAGCCAUUGCCGAUACCUUUCGUGCCAUUUCCACGCGCGAGCUCGUGCACUUGGAGGACUCGCCCGACUACUGCCUGGAGAACAAGACGCUCGGCUUGCCGGGCACCGAGGGCCGCGAGUGCCUGCGGCGCGGCCGCGCCCUGGGUCGCUGGGAGCGCCGCAGCUGCCGCCGCUUGUGCGGAGACUGCGGACUGGCAGUGGAACAGCGGCGAGCCGAGACCGUAACCAGCUGUAACUGCAAGUUUCACUGGUGCUGCGCCGUGCGCUGCGAGCAGUGCCGCCGCCGCGUCACCAAAUACUUCUGCAGCCGUGCUGCGGGAGAGCGGCUGCGGCCCCGGAGGCGGCCCUAG